CCAGAGCGCUCAGAAAAACCAUUUCAAUUUUGAACUACGAGAGAAAGAUAAAGUUAUACCCAUCGGAGAAUUUUCCGGUUCGGAUGAUGGCAGCAAGCAGCAGAAGCUACCACUCGAGACAGAACUACCGAUUUCUCUCCGGCGAUCAACACCGCCAUUACGAGACAGUAGUACUCGGUCGUGACUCGGAGUUCGAACUCGACGAGUCAGAUCUAUACAACUCGGUCUCGACUCGGUCCGACGAGUCUCCUGAGUUCCGGAACUCACGCAUCUCGAAACGGCCGUCGUCGCUAGCGAAACGCUGUGAUUCUGGGGGGGGAGGAGGCUGCUUCAGGCCGGCUUCGCUGCCGGUGAACGUACCGGACUGGUCGAAGAUCUUGAGAGGAGAGUACAGGGAUAACAGGAGGAGAUGGGAGGGCGACGAUAAUGAUGAUGUGGAAGGGGAUGAUUGGAAUGAUCAGGGAGACGGGAGGGUUCCGCCGCACGAGUUUUUGGCGAGGACGAGGAUCGCAUCGUUCUCGGUUCAUGAAGGGAUAGGGAGGACAUUGAAAGGAAGAGAUUUGACGAUGGUCAGAAAUGCAAUUUUGGAAAAAACUGGGUUCCUAGAUUGAUCGAAGAAGAAGGACGGACGGCACAAUGAAUCGAAUAUCGAAUAUGCAUGCGUGCCCCUAUUCCCCGGCACAGUGAGGAAUAUUAUUAUUUUUUUAUUAGAAAAUCAGAAUUUUUUUUUUAAUUUAUCCCUAAGUAUUUCUCUUUUUUUCUUUUUUUAAGAAAUGAUCAACUUGAUCAUGUUUACUGAAUUGUAAAAUUCUAACUUCGAAAUGUAUUAGAAUUUUCGGAGAAAAAUGCCAACCUUUUUUUUUUCAUAAAAUUGUAUGAACUCC